AUGAGCUCUUAUAUACAAUCGCAAUUUGCAGUUUCAGACAAACAAAUCUUUGACUUUCAAAAACCCCAAGAGUGUUCUGAUUCAGAGGAAGAGGAAAUGCGCUUAUAACUGCUAAUAUUGAAUAACAAGGAUUCGAAAAAAUCAAAGAAACUAUUUGAUAUUGAAAGCAUCAAGACUGAACUUAAUAGUCGACCAGCACUUGAAAUGGAUUAAUAACCAUAGAAAUUCGGUAAGAAAAUACAAAAAGCGAGUAUGAGACAAUUACCAAAUCUGUUUAUUCCAACCUCCUCAUUGCUGAUUGAAUAACUGGGCAAUAUUCGAGCCUUUAAAAUGAUGAAAGAGCAAGUUCCUCCAGAGGUGAUGCACAAAGUCUACACAUAAUUAAGGUACCCAACUCAUUCCACAUAGAUAUUAGUAUGUUUCAGCAUUCAAUGUGAUUUACAGACAAGGAGAUCAAAACAAGCGUUAUUACAUAGUCCUAGAUGGCAGAUGUGUGGUCAUGAAACCCAAAGAGAAAAUGGUUGGAAUCCAAAAAGUAGAAUUUGAUAUUGACAAUUAAACCACUGAUAGCAAAGUACCCCAAGAUCCAUACGGCUUAAAAAAUCUGUUUCCCGAUUACCUGGUAGUCAAAGUGAUGUUUUCAGGAGAGUAAUUCUGCAUUCAUACAUCCUUAGCUCAUUUGGAGAGGUGGCAAUCAAAUUAGAGAGUUCGCGUGCAUCCACAGUCUUUGCAGUUGAGAAUACUCAUUUGCUGUACAUGAGUGAGGCAGCCUACAUACAACUGUUGGAUCCCUACUUGAGUUAAAUCCUCGAAGAGAAGAUCCAAUACUUCAAAAAGAAUAUGAUCUUCACAUCAGUUGAAACUGAUAUCAAUGAAAUCAUGGGCAUUUUACUUGAAUGUCACAAAAUCACAUAUAAAGCAGGAGAAACCAUUUAUGAUGAAGCCAAUAAAUCUAAUUACAUAUACUUUAUUAUAAGUGGCGAAGUCGAAUUGUCCAAGAAGGUUGCUGAUACCCAUUUGGUAUUAUCAUCAUAUGGAGAAUACCAACAAUUUGGGGAAGUGGAAAUACUCAAUAAAGUUGAAAGAUUUACUAAAGCCAGAGUAAUUACACCCAGAUUGAUUGUCUACAAAAUAAGGAAGACCAAAUUCUUUAAUAAUUUGGGUAACUUUCUGGUCUAUGAAAAUAUGAAGAGGAAAUCAGUUCUCAUCUUUAAACAUUGGAAACUCAUAUACAAUUCUGCUCAAUCCUAGAUCAACAAAGAUUCUGAGGUAAUCAUUUAUCAUUCUCCUAAAGCCUUACUUAAGUUCACAUCGCAGGAAACUCCAAUCUAAAUUAUCUAAGCAUGACAGCACAAAUUAAAGUCUCAGCUAAGUCCAAGUCUUUUAACAUCUGACUGAUGCAGGAAUGCUUUCAGAUGACCAACACUAAUUUGCCUCCGAUGAUCAAGGCUCAAAGCGAGGUUACAGCAAUGCCUUGCAAUAAUAUUAGGCAAAAUUAAAAAAAUAAGGAAAUCGUGCCUCCCAAUUAGAAUCAGCUACCAAGUAAAUUAGAGAUAAGUAAUUACAAUCUCAUAUUGUAGAACCUUCACUACUGAAGACUAUUAAUCCCCAAAGAAUAUUGUACAUGGGAAAUUUUCAUUUCAUGUUAAAUUACCUGCCAUUAGUCCCAAUAAAGUCUUGCCUUAAAUGAAUUUAGAUUAGAUUCUGGAUUCCAUCACCAAACUUCCUAAGGUUCCACCUGAUAAUCUUGUUAUUUCUUUGAUGUAUUAAUAAGCUUACAAAUCCAAUAAUCCUGACAAAAGAGCAAGGCAAAUCCAAUAAGUUAUCCAAGCCUCCUUUAGGAAUGUGAGAAAACAUUUGGAAUCAAAAGAAAAACUCUAAUUAAAGCCUAGGUUUAAAUCGCAAGAUUCAUUGUUAAAAAAUUUACGAAUGAAUGAUAAUAUUGAAGAAAAGAAAGAAAAAAUAGAUUAUCUAAACUUUGUGCAUCCAAAAUAAUUAUUUUGA